GGUACUCAUCAAAAGAAAAAUGUAGAGGCAGCCAGAGAGUGUCCGUGACACGAACGGUGUACAGUACACAACACGAGCAAGCUGCUUCUCUUGCCUCUUGAGCUUUUCUUUCUUAGAUUCCAAAUGUGACUCUGACACUAAUAAACAAACACUGUACAGUGUAUCAAUGUUAGAUCUAUCACCGCUUCUUCAUCUCUUCUCUGAUGUCAAUUCAGCUCUAAUAAAUUGAAGUACAGUGUUAGCUAAUUGAAGCACAGUGUUUAUUGUACGUACUGAUGGCGAGGUUUUUCUGGGUUGGCAUUGCAAUAACACUUGUUUUAGUUAGCAACUGUGUUGAUGGGUCUGAGGGUUACCUACAUCACUUCAACGAAACGGAGCUGUCUUUGUUGGAAGCACAUGAAGCAGCAGCAUCAGCCUUAUCAUUCUCCGGGAGGAAUAAUCCUCUGCUUGUAGGCCUCACCCUUAUUCAAAAUGCAGCUGCUAAAGGAGCAGUCUGCUUGGAUGGAACAUUGCCUGGUUACCAUUUGCAUCGUGGAUAUGGAUCAGGAGCAAAUAGUUGGCUUGUUAACUUAGAGGGAGGUGGAUGGUGCAAUAACAUUAGAACGUGUGUUUAUCGUAAGAAAACCCGGCGUGGAUCGUCGGCCUUCAUGGAAAAGGAGAUACCCUUUACAGGAAUACUGAGUAACAAAGCUGAAGAAAAUCCAGAUUUUUUCAAUUGGAACAGAGUAAAGCUUCGUUAUUGUGAUGGCGCCUCAUUUGCUGGGGAUGCUGCACACCCGACUGCACAACUGCAAUUCAGAGGUCAACGUAUUUGGGCAGCUGCGAUGGAAGACUUGAUGUCAAAGGGAAUGCGUUUUGCCAAUCAGGCUCUUCUUUCGGGAUGCUCUGCGGGUGGCCUAGCUACUAUUAUACACUGUGAUGAGUUCCGAGGUUACUUUCCAAGGACUGCUAAAGUGAAGUGUCUAAGUGAUGCUGGGUUGUUUCUUGAUGCGAUUGAUGUAUCUGGUGGGCGUUCUCUCAGGAACUUAUACAGUGGUGUCGUAGGAUUGCAGAGAGUGCAGAAGAAUCUACCACAAAUUUGUACUAAUCACCUUGAUCCCACCUCGUGCUUCUUCCCUCAAAACUUGAUUUCCAGUGUUAGAACCCCGCUAUUUAUUCUUAAUGCUGCUUAUGAUUCAUGGCAGAUUCAAUCUAGCUUAGCUCCUCCAACAGCAGAUCCUCAUGGCUAUUGGCAUGAUUGUAGAUUAAACCAUGCUAAAUGUAGUAGAUCACAAGUCCAAUUUCUGCAAGGAUUCAGGAAUCGCAUGCUGAAUGUUAUUAAAGACUUCUCGAGAUCAAACCGGAAUGGAUUGUUUAUAAAUUCAUGUUUUGCUCACUGCCAAUCCGAAAGACAAGACACAUGGUUUUCUGACAAUUCUCCUGUUAUAGGGAACAAGGCAAUUGCGGUGGCUGUUGGAGACUGGUAUUUUGACCGAGCAGGUGUUAAGGCGAUUGAUUGUCCUUAUCCUUGUGAUAAGACAUGCCACAAUCUGAUUUUUGCAUAAGCCAAAAUUCGUCCUUCAUUUCUACUGUUCCAAGUUCUCAUCAAUGGAGGAUUAUGUUUAUACGAAACAAUAAAAAGGUUGCUGAAAAAUGCAAAUUUAAUCAGCCAACCAAUAAUUUGAUUCAGUGGUUAGUGAUAGUAACUGUAAUGUUUAGACGCUUUGACAAAUCUUUCUUAUUCCUUAAUAGUUUAUGCUUUGAACCGUGUAGUGCUAGAAUGCCAUCAUUUACUAGGAUGCAUUUAUUUGUUUUGAA